CCACAACACGUUUACGCUGCGAAGCUUCCUCCGUCGACGCACACGCUGACGCCCAUCGAUGCCAUCGAGAAGAACGGCAAAGCGUCUUUUAUAGCCCCUUCUUCCUCCGCCUUCUCCGCCCCGCGUUCCAUACCCUGUGGCCUUUCCUCCUUCCUUCUCCCCGGACCAGCGGUCGGAGCGGAGAUCGGAUCGGCCUCUUCUCGCCCCAUUCGCCGGCGGAGACUGCACUAGAGGUGUCCGCUUUCUGCUUUCUUUCGCCAAUCUCUUGAUCCUCUUCUUCCUAUUGAUCUCAGGCCGAAAAAUCCAACCUUUCUCCCCCAAAUUCAUUUUUCCUUUGUAGCAGAUUGCUCUCGUUUCGAUCUCGAAAAUGGCCGAGACUGAACAAAGAGCGAAUGCCGCUCUGCUGCAAUCAUCAUCCUCCCGGCUCCCUGAUUUCAAGCAAUCCGUCAAGCUCAAAUAUGUCAAGCUUGGUUAUCACUACCUCAUCACCCAUGGGAUGUAUCUGUUCUUCUCGCCCCUCAUUGCCGUCCUCUUGGCGCAGCUUUCCACCUUCUCCAUCAAGGACCUCCAUGACCUCUGGGACCAUCUCCGUUUCAACCUCAUCUCUGCGGUACUCUGCUCCACGCUUCUUGUCUUCCUCUCCACCGUCUACUUCCUCACGCGCCGCAGGCCAGUUUAUCUGGUCAACUUCGCAUGCUAUAAGCCCGAGGAUCCCCGGAAAUGUACUAGACAAAUCUUCAUGGACCGGUCUACAUUAACGGGGUCGUUCACGGAAGAGAACCUCGCAUUCCAGCGUAAGAUCCUUGAAAGGUCUGGUCUUGGUGAAUCCACCUACCUCCCCGAGGCGGUCCUCAAUGUUCCUCCGAAUCCCUGCAUGGCUGAGGCCAGGAAGGAAGCCAGAACUGUUAUGUUUGGAGCCAUCGAUGAGCUUUUGACAAAGACUAAUGUGAAACCCAAGGACAUCGGUAUCUUGAUUGUGAAUUGUAGCUUGUUCAACCCGACGCCUUCUCUCUCUGCCAUGGUUGUUAACCAUUACAAGCUUCGAGGAAACAUUGUCAGCUAUAAUCUGGGUGGAAUGGGGUGCAGUGCAGGUCUUCUCUCGAUUGAUCUUGCCAAGGAUCUUCUUCAGGUCUAUCCCAAUUCCUAUGCCUUGGUCGUCAGCAUGGAGAACAUCACCUUGAACUGGUACUUUGGCAACAACCGCUCCAUGCUUGUCUCCAACUGCUUGUUCCGUAUGGGUGGUGCUGCAAUCCUUCUAUCCAACAAGAGAUCUGAUCGCAGGCGCUCAAAGUACCAGCUCGUGCACACUGUUCGCACUCAUAAAGGUGCUGAUGAUAAGUGCUUCAGCUGUGUCACCCAAGAAGAGGAUGCGAACGGCAAGAUCGGUGUCUCUCUUUCUAAAGAUCUCAUGGCAGUCGCCGGCGAUGCCCUGAAGACCAACAUUACUACGCUUGGCCCACUGGUGUUGCCCAUGUCCGAACAACUCAUCUUUUUGGCUACAUUGGUAGCGAAGAAAGUCUUCAAAAUGAAGAUCAGGCCUUACAUUCCCGACUUCAAGUUGGCCUUUGAGCAUUUCUGCAUUCAUGCCGGAGGAAGGGCAGUGUUGGAUGAAAUAGAGAAGAACCUGCAACUCUCCGAUUGGCAUAUGGAGCCGUCGAGGAUGACACUCUAUAGGUUUGGAAACACUUCGAGCAGCUCUCUCUGGUAUGAAUUGGCAUAUUCAGAAGGCAAAGGAAGGAUUAAGAAGAAGGACAGAAUUUGGCAAAUAGCAUUCGGGUCAGGGUUCAAGUGCAACAGUGCUGUCUGGAAGGCCCUGAAAUCCAUCAAUCCUGCAAAUGAGAAGAACCCAUGGAUGGAUGAAAUUAACAACUUCCCAGUUGCGGUUCCGAAGGUGUCAGCACUUUGAGCAUAUUUGCUGGUUAGAAAGUGAUAUCACAUGCAGAAUUAGAAUCUGCACAGGUGAAACAUUCGUCAUGAUUUGUUUUAAUUGUUUUGGUGUUAGAAGGUGCAUUUUUCAUGCGGAUAAUGAAUUUGAUUGCUAGAUUUAAAGAUAAACCAUGCACUCAACUGUAAGUAGACUAGGAGGGUCAAGUAGCACUAUAUUUCCUAUUUUUGUUGUUAAUGCAGACAUUGGGCCUCGAUUCUUGUCAUAAUCAUUUUCUUUUGCAGUAUCAUUGCCUUAUAUAUGAAUCUUCUAUUGAUUAGUGUCAUUUCAUUGUAUUAUCCACUAUUUUAAUGAAUGUCAAGAUCUCUUGAUGCAUCCUCUAUACCUUGUUAAAAUGUCAGCCAUCAAUUAUGUGGCACUGUUAGAAAAUACUAUGGGUUUCUGGAAAUUAUCUGGAUAAUCUCUGUCAACAUAAUCUACAUUGUUUCUGUGAGAUGCUUGCAUAGCCCCUCUUCCCCUGAUGGGAAGUGAAAGCAAACACCAAUACCUCCAACCUUAGUGAGGUAAUCCUGCCUAACGGGACAGUGUAGAGCCAAGGGGGAUUACUCAUCAAAGUUGUCGAUUGCUUCGCGGUUGUUGCAUUAUAUACUGAAAUGACAGUCAAAAUAAGCUACUGAUGACAAAAGGCUUGAAGGUGAUCAUGCUCAGCAAAACCUGAAUUUGUUGGAUCUCGUAAUCUCUGGCACAGCAUAUUCAUAUAGAGCAUAUGGCAAGGGCUGCAACACAGCCGAAUCUCUUUGUUGAGCUGCUGACCAAGAGAAAGAAAAAAACAUUACAUGUUUGGUGAUUUCCUUAACCUGGUUAAAGGUUAACUGACCUUCCUAAGGUUCAAUUUACUCAAAUAGUUUUGUAAGUUUAGUGUGAGGACACACCAUACUUUCUGUAAAAUACUGAAUAUCUUGGUGUGGUUGUAUAAGUGCUCAAUAUCACUAUUUUCUUGGCACUUUUAAGACUAUCUAUUAUUAGGCUGUCUAUGGCCUAAAUUUUCUGUAUGAUCUUUUGAGUCUGUAUUCUCAGGCAGGAUGGGUUUUGAAAUAUAAGUAUGCACAGUGAAUCUUUUCUAAUCAAUUUUAUUGUUUUGAGUUCAAAUAGAAGUUUUCUAGAAUUAUGAAUUGGAUUUACCCCAUUUAUCCACCUCAUAACUUCGUUAAAAGAUUUUCUGAAAUCUCCAUAUCUCAAUUAGAUUCUCUUAAAAUCCAACUACAAUUAACAGGAUUCAAGAUCCGUUAACCUUAUCGGAUCGGGUGUGGGUUCAAGAUUUGCGCGUGUAAAAUAGUCCGAAUCCGGCCCGGUCUGAUCUCGUUCCCGGUUCCAGAACCGAACCAAAAUCCGAAUCAAACGCAGGAUCGCCGCCGGCCUUACGCCUCCGGCACGCUACCGAGGAAGGAAGAUGCGUGUCCGGGCGAGAGCACAUCACACCAUCGGAUAAAACAAAUAGAAGCGCCCGCGCAAAACUUGCGUCGAACAGAAGGAAAACGCCCGGAUACAAACACUCGAUUCGCAAUGGAGGAAGCGUCCUGUCGACAAGCACGGGCCACCAAAAUAUCGGCCGCUACCAUCGCUUUCCGUGGAAGAAGAAAAGGGUUAAAGCGUUCCAACACGGAACCUGUUGCGGUGCCGUAGCUUCUCAAAUUACCAUGAACGGCCAUGAAGCUUCUGAUGUAAGCAAGCUGUGUUCUUUAAUCGAGCCAAAUGUCAUUCACCGCUGCCGGAGCCCCGUGAUUCGAUGACAUCGGUGAUAGGGGACGCUCGGUGGGGUCACCGUGUCUCCGGUGAGAAAGUGGUGGGAAAACAUGCUCACGUUGCCGAUGCCCACCAGCGUGGGUAUAAGUGUCUUUUCGAUGACCCACCGGAAUGGAGCGAAGAAAAAGGACUAAUAAAGACAAAAGAAAAAGAGCAAAACCAGCGGACGGACAAAAAGAGAGGGGGAAAAAGGUUGAAAUGGUCCGAUCGACGCCACGUGUAUUCCGCGGCAUCCCCUUCCCCGCCCGCCCUUAUCCACUCGUUUCCUUUGCUCCCUUAAAGCGCACGCACCCCUUUCGUUUGUCCUCUCCGUUCACGGAAACCCUCGAACAGAAGAAGAAGACGACGAGAGAGCCGAGAGAAAUGGCUUCCGGUUUAGUCCUCACCUCGAUCCGGCCGGCCGUGAUCCGGGCGAGCGCGGCCGACGGCCGCGGGAGGCGGAAGGGCCCGGCGAAGUCCGUUGCCGGCGGUGGGGGGGGCAACAACUGGUGGGUCCCGCUUUUCGGCUGGUCGGCGGAGCCGGACUACAUCGACGGCGCCGGAGCGGGAGCAGGGCCCGCGGAGGAUUCCCCCAAGAAAGGGGCGACGGCGUCGGCGGGGGAAGAGGAGAGGAGGCGGCCGGCGGGGCGAAGGUUCGCGGCGUUCACGGAGGAGAAGGCAAGGGAGCUGCGGAUGCGGAGCAUGGAGACGGAGGCCUUCCACGACGUGAUGUACCACUCCGCCAUCGCCUCCCGCCUCGCCUCCGACCUCCCCCGACGUCCCCUCUCUGCCGACAACUGAGGCACCCGGUGUUCUCGAUCGGAUGCCCUCUCGACCGAUCCCAUCCGUCGACUCUGAUCACGAAGACUCGUUCUAUUUUUCUGCGUCCGGUCUUCACUACCUCUAAUAAUUUCCCUUUUUUUCUAGCGUUGUGUAUAUGGAUUUAAGCCGCGCUGUCAUGAAAGGAAUUAUAGUACUUCCUUUUGGGUUUAUUUUACGUCGCCAAAAUUUGAUCUCCAUGCUUUGAGAGUCAUCUAUCCGAUUAAGAUCUUACCAUCAGAUCUUUUAUGCCCUUUAAUGAUUAUUUCGUUGUUUUUCGUA